UAAUUUUCCUCCUUGACCGGGACGCGCCAACGAUUUGGAUGGAGGAAAAGUUUAAACCGUUCACGCGCCGUUUUUUUCUCGGGAUGAUAGAUGAUUGCUGCAGUCGACAAACAGCACAGUUGCAAAUCGGUCGGUAGGAGAAAUCGACUCUCAGCUGAGGCGUUCGUUCAGUGAAGCGAUCUAGUGGAUUGAUGUGGAAGCUUAAUGAAAACUAGAUCUAAUCAAAGUAGGUGAAAAGGAUAAACAAGCAAGCCGACGAAUAACCAGGAAACAAAUUAAAUUUGAGUGACAUAAUCGGUUCGUUUGCGAAGAAUCGAUGUAAAAAAAUUGUGAUUGUGCAUCUGAGAGGAUCAACAAUAGGUGAAAAUUCUGUGAUUUGAUUGAAGUGAGUGAAACUAAACAAAGAAAAAACAUCAAAAAUGGAGGAAAGCAAUGAAGUGGUGCUUUACAUUUAUGACCUAACACAAGGCAUGGCUGCUAUGAUGUCCCAGAUGCUGCUAGGUCGCCACAUCGACGGCAUUUGGCACACGGCGGUGGUCGUCUUCGGGCGGGAAUACUUUUUCGGAUCCCAUGGCAUCACGAGCUGCUUGCCGGGAGCUACAGUGCUCGGGCAACCGUUACGAAAGGAGGUGAUCGGUCAGACGUUCAUCCCCCAGGCCGUAUUCUCGGAUUACGUGCGUGGCCUAGCGGAAAGUACCUUCAGAGGCACCAAGUACAGUCUCCUGAGUCACAACUGCAACACCUUCAGCGAGGAUCUGUGCCAGUUCCUGUGCGGCGUCGGCAUCCCCAAGUACAUCCUUGACCUUCCACAAGAGUUCUUGUCCACACCGUUGGGCCAAAGUCUCGCACCACUGAUUGCCAGUCUCGACUCGGGUGGUGAUCCGACAGCAAACUUCCAGCACGAGUCGGACUUCCUCCGGGGAGGCCCACCACGGGAAACCAGUCCCGGCUUUGACCAGCUCAACACCCAAAUCGAGCAGGCCCGUCAACAGUCGCACGAGCUGAACGAACGGCGGAACAAGAUCCGCGACAAGAUCGACAAGAAGAGCAAAAAGAAAGAGAAGAAGUCCAGGAAAGAGCGGGCGCAAGGUUCGGGCGAAGGUUCCGAUCAGAACUCUACCGGAAUGUCUGAGGGCGAAGCGGAAUCGAUGAACGGCAGCAACGGUGUCAAUGGGUCCAUCCCACCGGAGAUGCUACCUUCGGAGAAGGUGCGCAAGGAAGAAGAAGCUGAGCGAUUGGCCGAGGAGGAGAGGAAGAAGAACCGCGAUCCACCGAUCAUCUUCAAGGAAGUCGAUCCAAAACUCGAACUGGAAUGUCUUGUCAACCUAGUGGAUGGGAAACUCUCGGAGGAAGAACAGGUAGCGGUGGACGAGUUGCAUCAGUAUCUGCUCCUUGGUGAGGGAGCUUGGGCCUUGGGAGACAGUUUCCUUGUAUUCGUUGGACGCAUGCUCCGAGAUAAUUCGCUCUCGACGGAAGUUCGGGUUCACUUGCUCCGUGCGUUGGCCAAUGCUGCCCUGAAGGACGACAUCAUUCUGCUGCUGCACCAGGACCGACGAGACCACGUGCUGAUGAAUUUUGCCCAGGACAUCGACAGACAUCCGCCGGAGGAACAGCAAGCAAUGGCUCUUUUCAUGUGCAACCUGUUCGAGAACGACAACGCCUCCGAGUGGCUGCUGUACAUCUCCGAGUGGCAGUACAGCAACCAGUCGAUUUCGAACAUCCGCGCGACCACCAAGGUGACCGUCCACUGUCUGCUGUCCGCCUGUCCCCGACUGAAGGACCUCGGCACCGCCCUGGUCCACAAUCUAGCCUCUAAGGAAGUCAAAACUGUGGUAUUCGACGACGUGGCGGUGGAGAUCUCGAUGGCCCUGCUGCAGUUCUUCAACUCGGAACCCUCGGAGGAGCACCUCUUCCGGACGAUGAAGGCCCUGUCCAAGUUUGUCAAUGUCUCCCCAGAUGUCCCGCAGUUCAUCCAGAUGAUCGGACCACACCCCAAAACGAUGCGAGGCAAGAGCGAGCGAAUCAACGAACUGAUUGAUCAGAUUUCCAAAAAGGUUCGCUAACCGGUUUCCUUCCCCAAAUUCUUUUCCCAAAGUUCGGUUCAUUUAGAUAGUUGACAAUUUAGCUGUAGAACCACCAAACACAUUACACAAACACACUACACAUUAAACCCCUAGGCAGUCAGUCAGUACGAUAAGUUGGACAAGGAAUGGUGUGUUGAACGAAAUGGAUUAUGAAAUUUUACGCGCCAUAUUUGAUUUUCUUCCGGUCCACCCUUUCCCAUACGAAAAGGAAAUGUGGAGCAUAUGCAUUUUCACCGCUAAUGGUUAGUAGACUUCUUACCCCAACGAACCCCACAUGUUCUAGUGCAAUAUCUGGUUAAAUUAGUAUCGACCGAUUCGUAUUUUGUUGCUCCUCUUGCAGAAGGAAACUCUGUAACUGUUAAACUAAUGGCGAAGAACGGUAGUCUCUGUUUUCGACGCAAUGACAAGUGUUUUUACUUUUAUUUCUUUGGUUGAAACUCGUACUAACGCAUUAUACAAAUAAUAUAUGAUAUUUUUAUUGAAAGGUA